AUGACGGUCUCCAAUUCGACAACGAGAAUUCCACAGAGUGAGGCCGAUAUAGAUGAUGAGAUAGCUGAUCUCGAGCAUAAGCUCGCCGAGGCGAAAAUCCGGCGCCAGCGAUUCAAGUCCUCUGCCUCUCAACCCCGGAUUCCAUCGCCAUCGUCAAAAACCGACUCAGCCCUCCCCCUAGGCUCCUUUGCCUUCUCCUCCGGCCUCGAGAGCUACCUCUCCCACCAGAAACACUACCUCCCCUCUUCCCCCCAGGGCCAGCCAUCUCCCGUCACAGUCUUCAUUUCCUCCUUCUUGCCACUCUCCCUCUCCUCUUACGCAGCAACCUCCUUGCCCUUUGUGCUAGCCGCCGCAAGAUUAGUAUCACAGCCGUCGCAACUCACAUCCGCUGCGCUCACGGCAUUGGAUGAUGCCCAGGAUGCAGCAAUCCCGUGCGUGGUAGCCCGAAGGGCGUCGAUCGCCCAGGGCAGAGCACUACUUGGGAUUUGGGAAAGGUCGUUUGAUGGAGUCGUCAGACAUCCUGCAGCUGUCACUGAGGAAGGGGCAAAGCAAGCGGAGGAAGCUUUACGCGGGUUUGCGACGCUGGUGCGAAAAUCAUCCUCUUCAACUUUGGCGUCCUCGUCAGCAUCAGCGGCUGCUCCUACCACGAUGGAUGAGGAUGCCCCUCCUGCAUCAUCCGCGCAUCUAGCCCCGCUGUUUGGAGCCGUGGCGUCGCUGCUUGGGCUGGCACCCGAAGAAGCGGCUUAUGUCUUCUUACUGGGCCAUGUCAAGGCCUUGGUGUCUGCAGCGGUACGCGCAGGGAUGUUCGGCCCGUAUCAGGCACAAAGAACAUUGGCAGGAGGGGAAGUGCACGAGAUGAUCACGGCUAUGGUCGAGAGGGAGUGGGAAACGGAGGUUGAGGAUGCGGGACAGACUGUGCCGGUUAUGGAUUUAUGGGUGGGCAGACAUGAGCUCUUGUACUCCAGGAUAUUCAACAGUUGA